AUGAGCUCCGAUGCUGAGAUGGCCCAAUUUGGGCCUGCAUCCGUCUUUCUCCGCAAACCUGAGAAGGAGAGAAUUGAGGCGCAGAACCGCCCGUUUGAUGCCAGAACAGCCUGCUUUGUGCCUGAGCUUAAGCAGCUGUACAUCAAGGGUGUCAUCCAGAACAGAGAAGGUGACCAAGUCACCGUGAAAACUGAAGCUGACGAGAUUGUAACAGUCAAGGAGGAAGAUUGCCAUGCUAUGAAUCCCCCAAAGUAUGACAAGAUGGAGGACAUGGCCAUGAUGACCUACCUCAACGAGCCCUCUGUGCUGUUUAACCUCAAAGAUCGUUAUGCAGCUUGGAUGAUUUAUACGUACUCUGGGCUCUUCUGUGUCACUGUAAAUCCCUACAAGUGGCUGCCGGUGUACGACCCAAAGGUGGUCUCGGCCUACAGAGGGAAGAAGCGCAUGGAGGCCCCGCCACAUAUUUUCUCUGUCUCUGAUAAUGCAUAUCAAAAUAUGCUUACAGAUCGUGAGAACCAGUCUGUCCUGAUCACUGGAGAAUCUGGUGCAGGGAAGACUGUCAACACCAAGCGUGUCAUCCAGUACUUUGCGACCAUCGCAGAGGCUGGAGGCGACAAGAAAGAGCACUCAUCUAGCAAAAUACAGGGGACGCUAGAAGAUCAAAUUAUUUCAGCGAACCCUUUGCUGGAGGCUUUUGGGAAUGCCAAGACUGUGAGGAAUGACAACUCCUCACGAUUUGGUAAAUUCAUCAGAAUUCACUUUGGAACCUCAGGAAAACUUGCUUCUGCGGAUAUUGAAACCUAUUUGCUAGAGAAGUCAAGAGUGACUUUCCAGUUGACUGAAGAGAGGAGCUACCACAUCUUCUAUCAGAUAAUGACUGGCCACAAACCAGAGCUGAUAGAAAUGCUUCUCAUCUCAACAAACCCGUAUGACUUCCCCAUGAUCAGUCAGGGACAGAUCACUGUGGCCAGCAUCGACGACAAAGAAGAGCUGGUGGCUACUGAUACUGCCACUGAUGUGUUGGGCUUCACCCACGAUGAGAAAUUGUCCAUCUACAAGCUGACUGGCGCUGUGCUGCACUAUGGGAACAUGAAGUUCAAGCAAAAGCAGCGGGAGGAGCAGGCGGAGCCCGACGGCACCGAGGUGGCAGACAAAGUGGCUUUCCUCAUGGCUCUGAACUCUGCUGAGCUGUUGAAGGGUCUUUGCAACCCCAGAGUGAAAGUGGGGAAUGAAUAUGUCACCAAAGGCCAGACAGUCCCCCAGGUCACCAAUGCAGUUGGUGCCCUGGCCAAGUCUAUCUAUGAGAAGAUGUUCUUAUGGAUGGUGAUACGCAUCAAUGAGAUGCUUGACACAAAGCAACCAAGGCAGUUCUUCAUUGGGGUGUUGGACAUCGCUGGAUUUGAAAUAUUUGAUUACAACAGCAUGGAGCAAAUCUGCAUCAACUUCACCAACGAGAAGCUGCAACAGUUUUUCAACCACCACAUGUUUGUGUUGGAACAAGAGGAGUACAAGAAAGAAGGGAUUGACUGGGAGUUCAUUGACUUUGGUAUGGACUUGGCGGCCUGCAUUGAGCUCAUUGAAAGGCCAAUGGGCAUCUUCUCCAUCCUUGAAGAGGAGUGUAUGUUCCCCAAGGCAUCAGACACUUCUUUUAAGAACAAACUCUACGACCAGCAUCUAGGAAAAAACAUUGCUUUCCAAAAGCCAAAGGUUGUCAAAGGCAAGCCUGAGGCUCACUUUACUCUGCUGCACUAUGCCGGCACCGUGGACUACAACAUCACCGGCUGGCUGGAGAAGAACAAAGACCCUCUGAAUGAGUCUGUGGUGCAGCUUUACCAGAAGUCAUCAAUGAAAUUGCUGUCUUACUUGUAUGCUUCGUUUUCUGCCACUGAUGCAGGUGGAGAUGCUGGCGGCAAAACUGCAAAGAAAGGUGCAAAGAAGAAGGGUGGCUCAUUUCAGACGGUGUCUGCUGUUUUCAGGGAAAAUCUCGGAAAACUCAUGACCAACUUGAGGAGCACCCAUCCUCACUUUGUGCGUUGCCUGAUUCCAAAUGAGGUUAAAACACCAGGUAUCACGGACAAUCAUCUGGUCAUCCACCAGUUGCGCUGUAACGGCGUUCUGGAGGGUAUCCGGAUCUGCAGGAAGGGAUUCCCCAGCAGGAUCAUUUAUGCUGACUUCAAGCAGAGAUACAAAAUCCUGAAUGCCAGUGCCUUUCCCGAGGGACAGUUCAUUGACGGAAAGAAGGCUUCUGAGAAGCUUCUUGGUUCAAUUGACGUGGACCACACUCAGUACAGAUUUGGGGCUACAAAGGUCUUCUUUAAAGCGGGCUUACUCGGCACUCUGGAGGAGCUGCGAGAUGAAAAGCUGGUCUCUCUCGUGACCCAGACUCAAGCAGUGUGUCGUGGGUAUCUCAUGAGAAAACAAAUCUCUAACCUAAUUGCUCAAAAAGACUGCGUCUGGAUUCUGCAGUUUAACUUGCGCUCGUUCAUGAAUGUGAAACACUGGCCGUGGAUGAAGCUGUUAUUUAAAAUCAAGCCGCUUCUAAAGAGUGCAGGGACCGAAAAGGAGAUGGUGAACAUGACGGAGGACUUUGUCAAAAACAAAGAUGACCUUGUAAAGUCGGAGACCAAGAGGAAGGACCUGGAAGAGAAGAUGGUUUCUCUUUUGCAGGAGAAAAAUAACCUCCUUCUGCAAUUACAAUCUGACUCAGAAAAUAUUUGCGAUGCAGAGGAGAAAUGCGAAGGCUUGAUCAAAAGCAAAAUCCAGCUGGAGGCCAAACUCAAAGAGGUGACCGAGAGACUGGAGGACGAGGAGGAGAUGAACGCUGAGCUGACCGCCAAGAAGCGGAAGCUCGAAGACGAAUGCUCUGAACUCAAGAAGGAUAUUGAAGACCUGGAGACGACUCUGGCUAAAGUGGAGAAGGAGAAACAUGCCACAGAGAACAAGGUUAAAAACCUGGUGGAGGAGCUGGCUGGUCAGGAGGAAAACAUUGGCAAACUGACCAAAGAGAAGAGAGCACUUCAGGAGGCUCAUCAACAAGCACUGGAUGAUCUUCAGGCAGAGGAAGACAAAGUCAACUCUCUGACCAAAGCUAAAGCCAAGCUGGAGCAGCAAGUGGAUGAUCUGGAGGGUUCACUGGAGCAAGAAAAAAAGGUCUGCAUGGACCUGGAGAGUGGCAAGAGGAAGCUCGAGGGGGAUCUGAAAAUUACUCAAGAAUCCCUGAUGGACCUGGAAAAUGACAAACAACAAUCUGAGGAGAAGAUUAAGAAAAAAGAGUUUGAAAACAACCAGCUGCUCAGCAAAAUUGCAGACGAGCAAACGAUUAAUAACCAGCUUCAGAAGAAGAUGAAGGAGCUCCAUACUCAUAUUGAAGAGCUGGAAGAAGAAGUCGAGGCCGAGCGAGCUGUCCGGGCGAAGAUCGAGAAGCAGAGGUCCGAUCUCUCGAGGGAGCUGGAGGAGAUCAGCGAGAGGCUGGAGGAGGCCGGGGGGGCCACCACCCUGCAGAUCGAGAUGAGCAAGAAGCGGGAGGCAGAGUUCAUCAAGCUGCGGCGGGACCUGGAGGAGGCCACGCUGCACCACGAGGCCACCACCGCCACGCUGCGCAAGAAGCAGGCGGACAGCAUGGCCGAGCACGGAGAGCAGAACAACAACCUCCAGAGGAUCAAACAGAAGCUGGAGAAGGAGAAGAGUGAGAUGAAGAUGGAGAUCGACGAUUUGUCCGUUAAUUUGGAAACUGUUGCGAAAACUAAGGUGAACCUGGAGAAGACCUGUCGCUCACUUGAAGAUCAACUUAUGGAGCUAAAGACAAAGAAUGACGAGAACUUGCGGCAGAUGUCCGAUCUAAACAAUCAGAGGGCUCGUUUCCAAACUGAGAAUGCUGAAUAUUCCCGACAGAUGGAAGAAAGCGAGAGUCUCAUCUCGCAGCUGACUAGAGGAAAGCAGGGAUUCACCACGAUGAUCGACGAGUUAAAGAGACAGGUGGAGGAGGAAACAAAGGCUAAAAACGCUCUGGCUCACAGCGUGCAGUCGGCCCGGCACGACUGCGACCUCCUGAAGGAGCAGUUUGAGGAGGAGCAGGAGGCCAGAGCCGAGCUGCAGCGCUGCCUGUCCAAAGCCAACAGCGAGGUGGCGCUGUGGAGGAACAAAUACGAGACGGACGCCAUCCAACGCACCGAGGAGCUGGAGGAGGCCAAGAAAAAGCUUGUUCAGCGUCUCCAAGAGGCCGAAGAGCAAAUCGAGGCGGUGAAUUCAAAGUGGGCCUCUCUGGAGAAAACCAAGCAGAGACUCCAGAACGAGAUGGAGGACCUCAUGGUGGAAGUAGAGCGGUCCAACAGCGUGGCAGCCACCCGCGACAAGAAGCAGAGGAACUUUGACAAGAUCGUGGCCGAGUGGAAGCAGAAGUACGAGGAGUCCCAGGCGGAGCUGGAGAGCGCUCAGAAGGAGUCUCGAUCUCUGAGCAACGAACUCUUCAAACUGAAGAACUCCUACGAAGAAGCGCUGGAUCAUCUGGAGACCAUGAAGAGGGAGAAUAAAAACCUGCAACAGGAGAUCUCUGACUUCACGGAGCAAAUAGGGCAGAGCGGGAAGACGGUCCACGAGUUGGAGAAGUUCAAGAAGCAGGUGGAGACGGAAAAAUAUGACAUGAAGACUUCUCUGGAUGCAGCUGAGGCCUCCCUGGAGCAAGACGAGUCAAAGAUCCUGCGUGCGCAGAUGGAGCUGAACCAGGUGAAGGCUGAGGUGGACAGGACGGUGGCGGAGAAAGACGAGGACAUGGACCAGCUGAGGAGGAAUAGCCAGAGACUGAUGGAGUCCAUGCAGACCACUCUGGACGCUGAGGUGCGGAGCAGGAACGACGCGCUGAGGGUGAAGAAGAAGAUGGAUGGGGACCUGAACGAGAUGGAAUUCCAGCUGAGUCAUUCUAACAGGCAGGCUGCCGAGUCACAGAAACAGCUGAGGAACGUCCAGGGGCAACUCAAGGACGCCCAGAUCCACCUGGAUGAUUCCAUCAGAGGGCAGGACGACAUGAAGGAGCAGGUGGGCAUGAUGGAGCGCAGGACGGCUCUGAUGCAGGCCGAGGUGGAGGAGCUCCGAGCGCUCGUGGAUCAAAUGGAGCGGAGCCGCAAAAUAUCUGAGCAGGAGCUGGUGGACGCCAGCGAGCGAGCAGGACUGCUACACACUCAGAACACGAGUCUUCUUAACACCAAGAAGAAGCUGGAGGCGGAUAUAACGCAGUUGCACGGAGAGAUAGAGGAAGCCGUUCAGGAGGCGAGGAACGCAGAGGAGAAGGCCAAGAAAGCCAUCACUGAUGCGGCCAUGAUGGCGGAGGAGCUGAGGAAGGAGCAGGACACCAGCGCUCCCCUGGAGAGGAUGAAGAAGAACCUGGAGGUGACGGUGAAGGAUCUGCAGCACCGCUUAGACGAGGCGGAGAACCUGGCCAUGAAGGGCGGGAAGAAACAGCUCCAGAAACUGGAAGCAAGGGUCCGUGAGCUGGAGAGCGAGCUGGAAGCUGAGCAGAAACGUUUGACGGAGGCCGUGCAGGGAGUCCGUAAAUAUGAGAGGAAAGUCAAAGAGAUGAGCUAUCAGUGUGAGGAAGACAAGAAAAACAACACUCGACUGCAGGACUUGGUGGACACGCUGCAGAACAAGAUGAAGGCCUACAAACGGAACGCAGAAGAAGCUGAGGAGCAGAGUAACAAUCACCUGGCCAGAUACAGGAAGGUUCAGCACGACCUGGAGGCGGCCGAGGAGAGAGCGGAUGUGGCCGAGUCUCUGUCCAAUAUGAUGCGAGCAAAGAGCCGGGAGAUCGGGAACAAGGCACAAGAAGGACAGGGCGAGAAGCUGAAUGUUGGACUUUAACUCUCCAGCAGAUAACUAAUGUGCAUGACAGAAAUAAAUGAGAUAUAAUAAUAUGAAUUUGUAAAGUUUAAUACCAUAAUAUGUCAACUCUUAACUAAAUAUUGCUAAAAUAAAUUAACAAUCACCUGCCAAUUGAGUAAAAACUGUCAUUAAUAUUAAAUUACCUCCUCAACAUCAAAUCCAGUAUUGAUAUACUGUAGAGUAAAACAUGAACUGUUGCUACAAUGUGUCUUAAAACAUUUCAUAAAAUUACAAUAUAUCUCCUGUGUUGAAAAAUCAACAUUUGUUGUUGAUUUGAGAAUAAAUAAAAGAAAGACAACUAAUAUGACUAAUUUAUUAAUGAUAUAUUAUAAUUUAGCUCGAGGCUCACUCCAUCAGUUUGCAAUAACCUGAUUAUUUUGGAAAACUAAAUAUGAAAUCACCAUACAAAUAUAAACUGACAACAUACGGUGAGUUUUAAAACUUUACCUCAUUCUUACGUUACU